GUACAGCAGCUACAGGAGGACAUUCACUUGGAGCCAUGGCUGGUAUCAGGGUUGAGCUGUUGGUGUUGCUGACUGGAACUCUGCUCCUGCUUCUACUUCCAGUGCAGGGAUGGGAAUCGUUGGACAGAACUCAACUUCUUAAUUUCUAUGAGACGGGGAAGUGGGCCUGAACCAAAGGCAAGCGUCACCUCGACAGAUUACAGUGAUUUUGACAAGGAAGAGGCAAUUCCUGAGGAUGCACUUCCUGAAUUUGAAGGAGCCUCCACCACUGAGACCGUGGGCUCUUUUGCUGACUAUGGAUUCCAGGUGGAUGUAGAUGACCCUCCAAUGAACGGGGCCAGAGGUGCAAAUGAUGGAUUUCAGGUGGACAUUGUUGAGGCCACUCCAAGGAGCUGGACAAGCAGUACCUGCCCUAUUUCUUCUGGGUUGGGUGUAGUUUGUAGUCAAGCUGGUUUCAAGAUUACUCUGCUGGGUUCCCUAAGUGACGUAAAAAUUUUGGGCCCAAAGGAACUGCUGCCUAUCAUGGAUGCUCCAGAGUCUUGUGGUUAUGAAGUGGACUUUUUCCAGAAAACCUUGACUGUACCCUUCACUGGGUGUAAUGUGAAACAUACUGAUUACUACAGCCUGCAGUUGUUGCAUGUUGAUGCGUUUGGUCAGACACAAGUUACUACUGCAUCUUGUGAGGAAGGGCUACAGUCCAACCAUGGCCUGUUCCCUCGUGCCAGUGGCAAACCCAAACGAAAAUGUAGCUACAGACCACCAACAGUCUACACACCACCACCCGCUCUGGCACCGGCUCCGGCACCAACUCCAGCACCAACUCCGGCACCGACUCCGGCACCAACAACCACUAAUGCAUCAAUGCCACCAACACACUCGAAUUGUGCUGUCUCUUCAGGGGAGCGGGUGCCUUGUGGUCUGUCAGGAAUAAAAUCUUUUUCAGUCUGUAAGAAGUUGGGAUGCUGUGUGGAUACUUAUACAUCGGCCUGCUACUACCCACUGGAUGAGUGCACUGUGGAUCAACACUUUGUGUUUGCCAUUCGCGCCAGCUCUGCAUCCAUCGCUUUUGACUCCUCCAAGCUCACUAUUCCUGGGAAUCCAAAUUGUAAACCAGUCAUUAUUAAUGACAAGGUUGCCAUCUUUAAAUUCAGAAUUACAGAAUGUGGCGCUCAUGCUUAUGAAAUUGGUGACACAAAGAUUUACCUGGCUGAAGUACAGACUAUUGUCAAAGCUAUGAAUCUCAAGUAUGGUGUAAUUACAAGAAGUGAUCCCCUCAGGUACAUGGUUGAAUGCCGCUACAGCAUAACAGGCAAUGAUGCGCAGCCACUGGUCAGUGUUGGCUACAUGGUCAAGACCCCAAGUUCCAGCUUGCCAUCAUCAAUCCUCUCUGGCGGUUUAUACGGUGUACAACUGAGAAUUGCUAAAGAUCAGACUUACUCAACCUACUUGGAAACGAGCAGUCAGCCCCUGCGACUGCUCCUUGGCAAACCAGUGUUUCUUGAACUACACCUGCUGUCCCCAAAACCAGAUGCAGUAAUUCUUGUCAACUACUGUGUAGCUUACCCUCGCUCUGCAUCUAAUGCUCUGGUGCUAAUUUAUGAAGGGUGUGCUAAUCCUUUUGACCCAAAUGUGUCCAUCCUUAAAGUCAGUGGCCAUCCCAAAAAUCGUUACCAAAGGCGCUUUAUAGUCCAUGCCUUCCAGUUUAUGGAUCAAACGACAAACCAGUUCCUUGAUGAAGAAAUCUGUUUCAUGUGCUCUACAGAGGUCUGUAGGCCAUCCGAGAAGACUUGUGCAGAACGGUGCUUUGAUGGAAAGGCACCUAUUUUGCCGCAGUCACAGAUAAACUAUGGAUACUGAACUGAAAAAAUAAAUAAACAUUUUAUAAUCCUGUA